AUGUUAGGUGAUCGUGAUGGUGGACCUGGUGCGGGUAGACGGAUUGGAUCUGUUAAAUAUGAUACUGGACCAAAUGGAUCUGGUGGUGGUGCUGGGGAACCAUAUGGACCUGGUGGUGGACCUGGUGGAGGGGAACCAUAUGGACCUGGUGGUGGGGAACCAUAUGGACCUGGUGGUGGACCUGGUGGAGGGGAACCAUAUGGACCUGGUGGUGGUGCUGGGGAACCAUAUGGACCUGGUGGUGGACCUGGUGGAGGGGAACCAUAUGGACCUGGUGGUGGGGAACCAUAUGGACCUGGUGGUGGACCUGGUGGAGGGGAACCAUAUGGACCUGGUGGUGGGGAACCAUAUGAACCUGGUGGUGGGGAACCAUAUGGACCUGGUGUUGGAACUGGUGUUGGACCUGGUGCUAGGGGAUCGUAUGGACUUGGUGUUGGACUUGGUGUUGGGGGAUCGUAUGGACCUAGUGUUGGGGAACUGUAUAAAAGCGGUGGACCUGGUGCUGGGGGAUCGUAUAGACCUGUUGGUGAAACGAGUGCUGGGGGACCGUAUAAAAUUGGUGCUCCGUUUGGUUUCUCUAAACCUGGAAUCUUCUCGAUAGCGUUGAACGUGCUGACGGGAUUGAUGAACUUGGUGUUGAGUGCGUGUGAACCUGGUCCAUCAGGAUUUUGGAACGGGAUACAGUUCUUUCGCAGCAAAAUAACACCCAAAGUUUCUAUGUGA